AUGACAGAGCAAACGAUAAGCGAAGCAGAUGUUGAGGGAGCCCUUAAAAAGAUGCUGAACUGGAAAGCCCCUGGCCCCGACAAGCUCCAAAAUUUCUGGUUGAAAUCCUUCAAAUCAGCGCACCAGCAACUUGCUCGGUGUUUUGGACGGUGUUUUGGAAAAAUCCUUCAAUGCCCGGAAGAGCUGCCAGCAUUCCUAACAACUGGAAUCACAUUUUUAAUACCCAAAACGAAGCGGUACUCAGAUGACCCUGCAAAGUAUCGGCCGAUCACCUGCCUUCCCACAGUUUAUAAGCUGUUAGCGUCUAUAAUUUCAGAGAAGAUCUACAAACAUCUUGAGCAGAAUAAGUUACUAGACGAAGAGCAGAAAGGAUGUCGUAAAGGCUCAAGAGGGUGCAAAGAACAACUAACAAUCGAUGCAGUAAUUACUAAGACCGCUAUCAACACAAAGGCACCUCUUUUCACAGCCUAUAUUGAUUACCAAAAGGCAUUUGAUAGCAUUCCCCACUCCUGGUUGCUAGAGGUCCUUGAAAUUUACGGUAUCAAUCCGAAAUUUAUACAGUUCUUAGCACAGACUAUGAGAAGCUGGAAAACCGAGCUCUGUCUAAACACACCCGGCCAACAGCUAAAAAUAGGGACGAUUGACAUCAGGCGCGGCAUCUUCCAGGGGGACUCUCUGAGUCGCCUGUGGUUCUGCCUAGCCUUGAGUCCACUGACAAAGUUGCUUGGCAGGCUGAGGGUGGGGUGCAAUUACGGAGAUUGCAAUAUAUCACACUUGUGGUACAUGGAUGAUUUGAAAUUGUUCUCCAGUCAGAAAGAGAACCUUCACUCGAUGUUAAAUAUAGUAGGAGAAUUCAGUAGCGACAUCCAGAUGAAGUUCGGGCUCGAUAAGUGUAAAAUAAGCAGCAUAGUCAAAGGUGUUUGGUCAGCUCACGAAGGUUAUGAACCUGCGGGACAAGAAGGGAAAAUAGAAGGUAUGCUUGAGAAUGAUCAAUAUAAGUACCUGGGGUACUUGCAAGCGAGAGGAAUCCAGCCUAAAGAGGCAAAACAACAAGUUUCUGAUGAUUAUAAGCGAAGGCUCAGGUCAAUACUAAAAUCUGAAUUGUCCGCACGUAAUCCAGCGCUCGCGAUCAAUACGCAUGCUACCUCACUGUUGACCUACACAUUUGGCAUUCUCAAUUGGUCCAAAACUGAGCUCAACGCCCUGGACAUUGCAACGAGGAGGGAAUUCCGAAAGUAUCGUGCCCAUCACCCUAGAAGUUGUGUUGAAAGGUUCCACUUGCCGCGAGCGGAAGGGGGCAGGGGGAUCCCAAGUGCGAUGCGCAGACAUCAUCAGCAAGUUCAAAAUCUAAGGAAGUACUUUCUUGACAAAGCCAAGGAAAGCAAGUUGCAUCAGGCCAUCGCGCGUGCGGAUAAAAACAUCACGCCUCUGAAUUUGAAUGAUCAUACCUUCAACCCAGUAGAAACGCUCCCAACCACAGAACAAACAAUCGGGCAGUGGAAGGCUAAGCCUCUUCAUGGACGGUACAUUGAAAGACUCCAUGAAGACGCAGACAUAGAUGCUAAAGCUUCGCAAUCAUGGUUGCACUCAGGAGGUUUAUUCGUUGAAACAGAAGGGUUCAUAGCUGCCUUUCACGAUCAAGUAGUUCCGACAAAAUUAAUCAAAAGCGGAUAA